UUAAGGAUUGUUGCUAAAGAGCAAAUUGCUCUCUUGCUAGGUUCAGGCUGAUGAUUUCUUCAAGGACCUGCUUCAGAUAAGUUCAGUUAUCCUACGUGCUUUUCCAAGGAUUGUUAUUAAUAAAUGUUUGUUCAGUAAUCCGACAGUAUCCUGCUAUCUUGUGUGCUGACUGUACUAUAAGAAAUAAGCCUCCAUCUUAUACUAGGUUAGAUAGAAUUGCUUCAGCAUUGCUUUAUCUCUUGCAGAAUAACUGAAGUUCAGUAUUAAGAAUGGAACAUGUAUGUGGGAAGCAAAUUCAAUACUAUUCUGGCUAGGAAAUAUAUAUGGAAAUAUGCUCUCUUACCAAAGUCUCGCCCAUCCUAAUUGCUUCCCCACAUAAGUUUGUACUUGUCCCAUGUAAACAAAGCUUUACCAUAUUAAUAAGUGUGUGGGGAAACCAAGCAGCAACUCAACGGAAGGAAUCCAGGAAUGUGAUGAAAGGCCCGUCACUGAUAUCUAAUUUAUGCUUUUUGCAUCAAAAGGGGAAACAAAUUACUGGUUAAUUUUUUUGAAAGCAUUUCUUUAAUGCUUUAUUUUCUUUAGUAUGGAAAUUGCUGUAGAGCUCCUGUUCAGCCACAUUAGUUCAUGGUAGGAAAAACACAGGGUUAAUUCAGUUAAUUAAUAUUGGGGUUUGUGUUCUUUGACAGAUGACAUUUCCUUCCCCACCAGAUUUGAGUGUUCAUGUGAAUAGGUGAUGAUAGGCAACAUUCUAUCUUAGCUACAAGCAUUCACAACAUUCAAUUUCAUUCAUUUGGUUUCCCACAUGAGACAGUGGAACUGUCCUUCUAAACCCAGCAUGACCUCUGGCUCAUUGCCUGUGUGCUUAAAGGCAAUGUACCAUGAUGAGCAUUGAACAUCUCAGUUUGGGGAGCAGUUCUUGUCUCCAGAAUGUUUGCCUUUGGGGAAUUUUUAAGUGUCAAAACAUAACCAUGGGCUCCUCUGGGCUCCUUGGAGGAAAAGCAGAAUAUAAAUGUAAAUAAAUAAAUAAAUUCGGAUGCACAGAGGCUCAGGUGACAUGAAGCCAAGGCACUGCAACAUCUUAGAGAAGAAUUACAUGUUAUAAAUUACAUAGGACUGUUGCCAAAAAUGGCUUCUGUGUAUUGAAUUCUCAGUGUGCUAUCAUUUAUCUCAGGUCAGUGUAGGUUUUUCUGCCCUUGCCAGCAGCAGCCAAUUAUGUAAAGUGGGAAUGAGCAAAUAGUCAGCAUCAUGACAUCAUAACACAGGCAUGCGUGCAAAAUGCAAACACUGCAACAAAGAAAUGCAAGGCCUGGUGGCCCGAAUGAGGCAACAUCAUGAGAAGUGCUGUGAUGAAGAUGACCAAAGAAACACAUUUGAACAGGCAGGAUCUUCAGGGGAAUUCAUGGAUUCUGGAAACUAUCCACCUUCAAGAUCACCAUCCUCCUGUUCUACAGUUUCAGAGUUAUCCAUCCAGGAUACUGCUUCAUUAGCAUCAUCAUCAGACACCCACAGCCACAUAUCACUAUCACCUAAAAGAAAGAAAAAAUCCUUCCCUCCUGGAACCACCAUAGAUAAGUUUGUGAUAAAAACUAGCAGAUUAGAAAAAGAGUUAAUUGAUGAAAAAAUUGCCCAGUUUGUUUAUGCAACGAACUCUUCUUUCCGUCUGACUGAGAACCCACAUUUAAUUAAUAUGGUUCAGUCACUGAGACCAGGAUACAGUCCACCCAGCAGAGCAGAUGUUGCAGGGAAACUGCUGGAUAAAGUGUAUGACAGAGAAAUGGAGCAAUGUGCAACAGCUCUGGAGGGUAGAAUUGUUAACCUAAGUAUUGAUGGGUGGAGUAAUGUCCACAAUGAUCCUAUUGUAUGUGCUUGUAUAACAACAGAAGAAGGGAAAGUCUUCCUUGCACAAACAAUUGAUACGUCAGGAAAUGCACACACAGCAGAAUACUUACAAGAAGUGGCAGUAAAAGCUAUAAUAACAUGCGAACAAAAAUUCAAAUGUCUAGUACGCAGUUUGGUCACAGACAAUGCUGCAAAUGUAUCCAAGAUGAAAAGAAAUUUAGAAGAGCAGGAAGGGAAUACAAAGCUAAUAACAUAUGGUUGCAGUGCUCAUUUGCUGCACCUCUUAGCCAAAGACUUAAGUGUUCCAGAAAUAAAGACUAAUGUUGUUGAAAUUGCUAAAUACUUCCGUAACAAUCACUUUGCUGCAGCAGCUCUGAAAAGGAUGGGUGGAACCAAGCUAACGCUCCCACAAGAUGUUAGAUGGAACUCUGUGGUGGACUGUUUUGAGCAGUAUAUCAAGAACUGGCCUAUUCUGAUGACAGUUUGUGAACAAAAUCGAGAUAAAAUAGAUGGCACUGUCACAGCCAAAAUCCUCAACAUUGGGCUUAAGAGAAAUGUUGAACAUAUGCUGAGCAUCCUGAAACCCAUCUCUGAAUCUUUAAACAAAAUACAGAAAAAUAGCUGUUUUAUUGCUGAUGCUGUUGAAAUUUGGAAGGAACUGAGUGAACGCUUAAAAACAGAACUACACAUGGACAGAAUUAAAUUACAAGCAUUAAAAAAACGAAUGGGACAAGUACUGUCUCCAGCUCAUUUUUUUGGCAAAUAUUGUCAAUAUCCAGUACCAGGGUCAAAACUUAAGUGCUGAGGAAGAGGAGUUAGCUAUGACAUGGGUAUCCAGCAAUCAUCCAUCUGUAAUGCCAACUAUAAUAAACUUCAAAGCUAAGGGGGAACCAUUCAAGAAAUAUAUGUUUGCUGAAGAUAUUUUAAAGAAAGUCACACCAGUGAACUGGUGGAAGUCACUUAAGCACUUGGAUUUAGAGACUGUUCAAGUAAUGAUUUCACUUUUAACAGCAGUAGCUUUUUCUGCAGGCGUUGAAAGAAUAUUCUCUUCCUUUGGACUCAUUCAUUCUAAAUUGAGAAAUCGUUUGGGACCUGAUAAAGCAGGAAAGCUUGUUUUUCUUUUCCAGAUUAUGAACAAAGCAGAAGAUGAAGAUGACGAGUGAGCUACAGAGGACAGUAUUUAAGUUUUUCAUGUGUAGGCUGGGCUGACAGUCUAAGUUUCUUAAAAUAUAUAUAUUUUGUUUAGCCAAAUUAGUUAACAAACAUGGAUGUUUGUUUAAGCAAAUAACAUAUGCUGUAAUGUUAUUGUUUCAGUUGAAUAAAUCUAUUUAAAUUGUUA